AUGCUGCUUGGGCUGGUUUGGCGCUCGCAGGUGUACGUGGUGAGGGAUGGUGGCUUCCGGCAGCCGGCCUCAGUGUGGGUGGACAGAUCCGCAGGGUCUUUUCGGAAUGAUGGUUUGAAAGCUUCUGAUGUCCUUCCCAUCCUAAAGGAAAAAGUGGCCUUCGUGUCUGGGGGCCGUGAUAAGCGAGGCGGACCCAUCCUGACCUUCCCUGCUCGCAGCAAUCAUGACAGAAUAAGACAGGAAGACCUGCGGAAACUCGUGACCUAUUUGGCCAGUGUGCCAAGCGAGGACGUGUGCAAACGUGGCUUCACCGUCAUCAUCGACAUGCGGGGCUCCAAGUGGGACCUCAUCAAGCCCCUUCUCAAGACGCUGCAGGAAGCCUUUCCAGCCGAGAUCCAUGUGGCCCUCAUCAUCAAACCCGACAACUUCUGGCAGAAGCAGAAGACCAACUUUGGCAGCUCCAAGUUCAUCUUUGAGACAAGCAUGGUGUCCGUGGAGGGCCUCACGAAGCUGGUGGACCCUUCCCAGCUAACCGAAGAGUUCGAUGGCUCCCUGGACUACAACCACGAGGAGUGGAUUGAACUACGACUCUCCCUGGAGGAGUUCUUCAACAGCGCUGUGCACCUGCUGUCCCGCCUCGAGGACCUGCAGGAGAUGCUGGCCCGGAAGGAGUUCCCUGUGGAUGUGGAAGGCUCGCGGCGGCUCAUUGACGAGCACACACAGCUCAAGAAGAAGGUGCUGAAGGCCCCCGUGGAGGAGCUGGACCGGGAGGGGCAGCGGCUGCUGCAGUGUAUCCGCUGCAGCGAUGGGUUCUCUGGGCGCAACUGUAUCCCGGGCAGCGCCGACUUCCAAAGCCUGGUGCCCAAGAUCACCAGCCUCCUGGACAAGCUGCACUCCACCCGACAGCACCUGCACCAAAUGUGGCAUGUGCGCAAGCUCAAGCUGGACCAGUGCUUCCAGCUGCGGCUUUUUGAACAGGACGCCGAGAAGAUGUUUGACUGGAUAAGCCACAACAAGGAGUUAUUCCUCCAGAGCCACACAGAGAUCGGCGUGAGCUACCAGCAUGCCCUAGACCUCCAGACGCAGCACAAUCACUUCGCCAUGAACUCCAUGAACGCCUAUGUCAACAUCAACCGCAUCAUGUCCGUGGCUUCCCGCCUCUCUGAGGCCGGUCAUUAUGCCUCACAGCAAAUCAAGCAGAUUUCCACCCAGCUGGACCAGGAGUGGAAGAGCUUCGCGGCUGCCUUGGAUGAACGAAGCACCAUCCUCGCCAUGUCUGCAGUGUUCCACCAGAAGGCUGAGCAGUUCCUGUCGGGAGUGGACGCCUGGUGCAAGAUGUGCAGUGAGGGGGGCCUGCCCUCCGAGAUGCAGGACCUGGAGCUGGCCAUCCACCACCACCAAUCCUUGUAUGAGCAGGUGACCCAGGCCUACACAGAGGUCAGCCAGGAUGGCAAAGCCCUGCUGGAUGUGCUGCAGCGGCCCCUGAGCCCCGGGAACUCUGAGUCCCUCACAGCCACUGCCAACUACUCCAAGGCGGUGCACCAGGUGCUGGAUGUGGUGCAUGAGGUGCUGCACCACCAGCGGCGGCUCGAGAGCAUCUGGCAGCACCGCAAGGUGCGGCUCCACCAGCGGCUGCAGCUCUGUGUCUUCCAACAGGACGUGCAGCAGGUGUUGGACUGGAUUGAAAACCACGGUGAGGCCUUUCUCAGCAAACACACCGGGGUGGGGAAGUCGCUGCAUCGAGCCCGGGCCCUGCAGAAGAGGCACGAUGACUUCGAAGAGGUGGCUCAGAAUACCUACACCAAUGCGGACAAGCUCCUAGAAGCCGCCGAGCAGCUGGCUCAGACGGGGGAAUGUGACCCCGAGGAGAUCUACAAGGCAGCUCGACACCUGGAGGUACGCAUCCAGGACUUUGUGCGCCGGGUGGAACAGCGGAAGCUUCUCCUGGACAUGUCUGUCUCCUUCCACACACACACCAAAGAGUUGUGGACAUGGAUGGAAGACCUUCAGAAGGAGAUGCUGGAGGACGUUUGUGCGGACUCAGUGGAUGCGGUCCAGGAACUGAUCAAACAGUUCCAGCAGCAGCAGACCGCCACUCUAGAUGCCACGCUCAACGUCAUCAAGGAAGGCGAAGACCUUAUCCAGCAGCUCAGGGACUCGGCUGUGUCCAACAACAAGACGCCCCACGGCAGCUCCAUCAGCCACGUCGAGUCAGUCCUGCAGCAGCUGGACGACGCCCAGGUGCAGAUGGAGGAGCUGUUCCAUGAGCGCAGGAUCAAGCUGGACAUCUUCCUGCAGCUGCGCAUCUUUGAGCAGUAUACCAUCGAGGUGACGGCAGAGCUGGAUGCCUGGAAUGAGGACCUGCUCCGGCAGAUGAAUGACUUCAACACGGAGGAUCUGACGCUGGCCGAGCAGCGGCUGCAGCGCCACACGGAGCGGAAGCUAGCCAUGAACAACAUGACCUUCGAGGUCAUCCAGCAAGGGCAAGAUCUGCACCAGUACAUCAUGGAGGUCCAGGCCUCAGGAAUUGAGUUAAUCUGUGAGAAAGACAUCGAUCUGGCAGCCCAGGUGCAAGAGCUACUGGAGUUCCUUCAUGAGAAGCAACACGAAUUAGAGCUCAACGCAGAGCAGACCCAUAAGCGACUGGAACAGUGCCUCCAGCUGCGGCACCUGCAGGCCGAGGUCAAACAGGUCCUGGGAUGGAUCCGCAAUGGGGAGUCAAUGCUCAACGCCAGCCUGGUCAAUGCCAGCUCUUUGUCCGAAGCAGAGCAGCUGCAGCGGGAACAUGAGCAGUUCCAACUAGCAAUCGAGAAGACGCACCAGAGCGCCCUGCAGGUACAGCAGAAAGCUGAGGCACUGCUCCAGGCCGGCCACUAUGACGCCGACGCCAUCCGGGAAUGUGCCGAGAAAGUGGCCCUCCACUGGCAGCAGCUCAUGCUGAAGAUGGAAGACCGGCUAAAACUAGUCAACGCCUCUGUGGCAUUUUAUAAAACUUCUGAACAGGUCUGUAGUGUCCUGGAGAGUUUAGAGCAAGAAUACCGGAGAGACGAGGACUGGUGUGGCGGACGGGAUAAACUGGGACCAGCAGCAGAGAUCGACCAUGUCAUCCCACUCAUCAGCAAACAUUUGGAACAAAAGGAGGCCUUUCUUAAGGCCUGUACCCUGGCCCGGCGGAACGCGGAGGUGUUCCUCAAGUACAUCCACAGGAACAACGUCAGCAUGCCCAGUGCCGCCAGCCACACCCGGGGACCUGAGCAGCAAGUGAAAGCCAUCUUGAGCGAGCUCUUACAGCGGGAGAAUCGUGUCCUGCACUUCUGGACCCUGAAGAAGCGGCGGUUAGACCAGUGCCAGCAAUAUGUCGUGUUUGAGCGCAGCGCGAAGCAGGCGCUGGACUGGAUCCAAGAAACAGGUGAAUAUUACCUCUCAACACAUACCUCCACGGGAGACACCACAGAGGAGACUCAGGAACUGCUGAAGGAAUAUGGAGAAUUCAGGGUGCCUGCCAAGCAAACAAAGGAGAAGGUGAAGCUUCUGAUUCAACUGGCUGAUAGCUUUGUGGAAAAAGGCCACAUUCAUGCCACAGAGAUCAGGAAAUGGGUGACCACGGUGGACAAGCAUUACAGAGACUUCUCCCUGAGGAUGGGAAAGUACCGGUACUCUCUGGAGAAAGCGCUAGGCGUCAACACAGAGGACAAUAAGGACCUAGAGCUGGACAUCAUCCCAGCAAGCCUUUCAGAUCGUGAGGUCAAGCUACGGGACGCCAACCACGAAGUCAAUGAAGAGAAGCGGAAGUCAGCCCGGAAGAAAGAAUUCAUUAUGGCUGAAUUGCUGCAGACAGAGAAGGCUUAUGUGAGGGACUUACACGAGUGCUUGGAGACCUACCUGUGGGAAAUGACAAGCGGUGUGGAGGAGAUCCCCGCUGGGAUCCUUAAUAAGGAACAUGUCAUCUUUGGCAACAUCCAGGAGAUCUACGAUUUUCAUAACAACAUCUUCCUCAAAGAGCUGGAGAAGUACGAGCAGCUGCCUGAGGAUGUGGGACACUGCUUUGUUACCUGGGCAGACAAAUUUCAGAUGUACGUCACCUACUGUAAAAACAAGCCUGAUUCCAACCAGCUGAUCCUGGAGCACGCAGGCACCUUCUUUGAUGAGAUACAGCAGCGGCAUGGUCUGGCCAACUCCAUCUCUUCUUACCUAAUCAAGCCUGUCCAGAGGAUCACCAAGUACCAACUGCUCCUGAAGGAACUUUUAACUUGCUGUGAAGAAGGGAAGGGGGAGCUCAAGGAUGGCCUGGAGGUGAUGCUCAGUGUCCCAAAGAAAGCCAAUGAUGCCAUGCAUGUCAGCAUGCUGGAAGGGUUCGACGAGAACCUGGAUGUGCAGGGAGAGCUGAUUCUCCAGGAUGCCUUCCAAGUGUGGGACCCAAAGUCGCUGAUCCGGAAGGGGCGGGAGCGGCACUUGUUCCUCUUUGAGAUCUCCUUGGUUUUUAGCAAGGAGAUCAAGGACUCUUCAGGACACACGAAAUAUGUUUACAAGAACAAGCUACUGACCUCAGAGCUGGGUGUGACUGAGCACGUAGAAGGUGAUCCCUGCAAAUUCGCCUUGUGGUCUGGACGCACCCCCUCCUCAGACAAUAAAACAGUACUGAAGGCCUCCAACAUAGAAACCAAGCAGGAGUGGAUCAAGAACAUUCGAGAGGUGAUUCAAGAAAGGAUCAUUCACCUGAAAGGAGCUUUAAAGGAGCCGAUUCAACUCCCCAAAACACCAGCCAAACAGAGGAACAAUAGUAAGAGGGAUGGAGUGGAGGAUGUUGACAGCCAAGGGGAUGGAAGCAGCCAGCCAGAUACCAUCUCCAUCGCUUCCAGGACCUCUCAGAAUACAGUGGACAGUGACAAGGAUGGCAACCUUGCUCCUCGGUGGCACCUGGGACCUGGAGAUCCUUUCUCCACUUACGUUUAG